CUUUGUAAGGGGCAGGGCCCCGUGAUGACGACUAGACGUCAACGCGCGUCAUCAAGGGGCGGAGCGAGUCCCGUGUAACAGCAGAAGGGGUGCAUACAGCGAAAUGGCUACGAUUGAAUAAAAACCGGAGCAUAUCGAGUCGCCGACAUGGAGUGUGUGCCUGACCCGUAGGACUCAAACGGUGCCAAGCCCUUUGCUCCGCCCAGCCCUGGCCCCACCUAUCUGCUCCGCUCCUGCCCCAACUUCACCUCUUCAUGCCAGGCUCCUUCAACGUGGAACCGUCUACCUGGACUUUACCAACCGUGCCUGAGCGGGGAGAGGACUAAGCCAGAGCCAACGUCACAUUCCCCGACUGCGAGGCCCAGGGAGGGACGGAGUCCCAACGGAGGAGGGUGUUGAAGCAUAGGGACGUCCUGCAUGUAUUCAGCUUCUCGGCCACGCUGCUGAUACCGCCCCCCCCCCCAGCCCUAACCCUAACAACGCGAAGAUGUCAGGCAGAGAGCACAGCGGCCGGCAGCGCCCCUGGUCCGUGUACCGGGCCAACACCUUUGACCUCUCCGCUGAGAUGCUGGGGCUCACACUGGCGGGGAACAGCCAGGACCCCGAUGAGCCAGUGCUGGAGUUCAGCCUCGCCUGCAGUGAGUUGACCACCCCAGCGAUGGACCGCAAGCCGAACACGUUUGUGACCGUCAGCUGCACCACGCCCCCCCAGGCCUUCUGGACCAAGCACGCCCAGACGGAGAUCAUAGAGGGCACCAGUAACCCUGUCUUUCUGAGCAGCAUUGCCUUCUUCCAGAACUCGCUCAUCAACCAGCAGACGCAGAUCAAGCUGUCGGUCUACGACGUCAAGGAUCGCUCUCAGGGAACGAUGUACCUGCUGGGUUCUGCGAUGUUUCCUGUGAAGGACCUGCUGCAGGACAAGCAUCACAGGCUUCACCUGGGUCUCAGAUCGGCGGAGAACGAACGGAUGGGCAACAUCACUGUCAUCGCCUGGCAGAUGGAUGAGAAGAGGGACCAGAGGACUCUGGUGGCUCGACUGCCCGACACUGUCAAUGGCAGGAUGGUCCUGCCUGUAGAUGAAAGCCUGACAGAAUCCUUGGGAGCCCGAGCCAAACGCGCAUCUUUAUGCAAAGACACUCUGCUGAAAUCAGUGUUCGGUGGUACCAUGUCCCGGAUGUACCGCUUCCCCACCACGGACGGCAAUCACCUGCGGGUGCUGGAGCAAAUGGCUGAGAGUGGGCUGUCGCUCAAUGUCCCCCGGCAGUUUGUCAAGCUGCUCCUGGAGGAGGACGCCGCCAGGGUCUGUGAGCUGGAGGAGCUUGGAGAGCUGUCUCCAUGCUGGGAGAACCUUAGAAGACAGAUUGUCACUCAGUACCAGACCAUAAUACUCACCUACCAGGAGACGCUUGCUGACCUGCACGAGUACAAAGGUCCUUCCUUCAAGGCCAGCACCCUGAAGGCAGAAAGAAAACUGGAGUUCAUGCCCACCAAUCUGCAUGUCCAGAGGAUGAGGGUGUAUGACGAGUCGGGGUUCGAUCAUACUUAUGACGUGGUCACCAUCGGGGCCCCGGCCGCCCACUGCCAGGGGUUCAAGAGCAACGGCCUACGGAAACUCAUUCACAAGUUCGAGGAAGCGAAGAAGAACGCUUACGAGGAGACUUGCAGCGCAGUCUCCAGCUCCCAGUCCAUCGUGUUCGUCCCGCAGGACACCGUCCGAGCCAAGGAGAUCAUCGCCCAUAUCAACACGCUGAAAACCCAGGUCAGCUACUAUGCAGAACGGCUUUCCCGCGCUGCCAAGGAACGCUCCUCCAACAGCCUGGAGAGGACGCUGACCAUCCUGGCAGAUAAGACACGACAGCUCGUGACCGUGUGCGACUGCAAGCUCCUAGCCUCGGCCAUCCAGGCGCUGAACGCGGCCCGGCCUGAGUACAUCGCCUCAAAAGCCUCGCCAUCCACCGUCGACGGAGACCAGGUGGUUCUCCGCAACGACCAGGACACGCUGGUGGCCAAGUGGGCUGGGGGCAGCAGCCGGUCUUCCCUACAUGCCAACUGGCAAGAGGAGGAGUGGGAGAAGGUGUGGCUGAAUGUGGACAAGAGCCUGGAGUGCAUCAUCCAGCGCGUGGACAAGCUGCUGCACAGGGACAGGCUGCAGAGCGACAGCAGCGAGGAUGUUUUCCUUUGCGACCAGCAGGGCGGCGCCAGCAACAGGAAAGAUGGAAACCCAGGUGGCGAGGAGGCCUCCCCAGGGGAGUGGAGCGAGGCCUUAUACCCGCUGCUCACCACACUGACCGAGUGCGUGACCAUGAUGAGCGACAAGGCCAGGAAGUCUAUGGUGUUCCUGCUGAUGCAGGACCGGGCGCCCACCAUCGCACUGGACCUCAGCCUGCAGUACCGCCGCGACGUGGUCUUCUGCCAGACGCUGACUGCCCUGAUAUGCGGCUUCAUCAUUAAACUGAGGAACUGUCUCCAUGACGAUGGCUUCUUGAGGCAGCUGUACACCAUUGGCCUCCUGGCGCAGUUCGAGAGCCUCCUGAGCACUUAUGGAGAGGAGCUAUCAAUGCUGGAGGACAUGAGCAUAGGCAUCAUGGACCUGAGGAACGUCACCUUCAAGGUGACACAGGCUACCUCCAGCUGUGGCCCCGACAUGCUGCCUGUCAUCACUGGGAACAGGGACGGCUUUAACGUCCGCAUCCCGUUGCCGGGGACCAUGUUCGACGCGUUGCCACGGGAGAUCCAAAACGGCAUGCUCCUGCGCGUGCAGCCUGUGCUCUUCAACGUGGGCAUCAACGAGCAACAGACGCUGGCAGAGAAGUUUGGAGACACAUCUUUACAAGAAGUCGUCAAUGGGGAGAGUUUAGCUCGUCUGAAUUCCUACUAUGAGCAGUUUAAAGAGGUCUUACCUGAAGACUGUCUACCUCGGUCCCGCAGCCAGACCUGUUUGCCGGAGCUGCUGAGGUUUCUGGGCCAAAACGUUCAUGCCAGGAAGAACAAGAAUGUGGACAUCCUUUGGCAGGCGGCUGAGAUCUGCAGACGCCUGAAUGGCGUGCGCUUCACCAGCUGCAAGAGCGCCAAGGACCGCACGGCUAUGUCAGUGACGCUGGAGCAGUGUCUGAUCCUGCAGCACGAGCACGGCAUGGCGCCGCAGGUCUUCACGCAGGCCCUCGACUGCAUGCGCAGCAUUGGGACCAGGGAGGGGGUCACCCAGAAGAACCUGAGUGGCCUGUUGCCCGUCCGGGACUUCCAGCUAGACCCCAGCCUCCUGUACUCUGUGCCUUUGCUGGCUCUCAGCCCCAACCUGCUCUUUGUCUGGUUCUUCCUGAGCGUGGCCUGCCUGCUCGCCAGGCUUCGCUACAGCUGAGGGCUCCGCCGGCUUGGGCACCAGGACGCACUGCUCCACCACAAGGCUGCCCGCUUUGUUCUUUACCGCUGCGUAGCCUCAGAGCUGCAUAGCAACCCCCCCCCCCCCCCCCCCCACCCCAUUUCUGCCUUCUAACCGUUGGGGAAAUAAACGCGUGUUGUUUUUCAGAGUCUGAACAGCUGAUAUUGUUGUGUUACACUUUAGCUGUUCCCAGACAGCUCAGCUGAAGUGCAGCUACAUGUAAAGGCAAUUUGCUAUUUAAAUACACAUAUUACCUUGUUUGCAUAAACAGAGGGUUCUAAUAAGAUUUUUACACUAGCUGUAAACAAUGUUGUUAGUCAAAGAAAACUUUUUCUUUAGGCUUUUGUGAUAGUCUUGCUUUGCAGGUCUUCCUUUCUAAUGUCAGAUUUUGUACAGUAUAAUCCAGGCCCGAUGCUAUUAAUUCCUGUUUGUUAGUUGGGACUAAGUGGCAAUUUUGUGCUUUGGGUUCGGGCUAGCUCAGGUGACCCUACUGGUGUUGUGUUUACUUUUUCAAUUUAUAUCUGCUGCAGCGACUGCUGUAGUUUUUCAAGAAUGUGUAGGAAUUAUUAUUAACCGCUAAUAGCCUUUAGGAGGAUUACACUGCGUGUUUGAUUACUAAAAGUUAUAAUGGUUUUAGUUCAUUUUAAUGAAAUACGCGGGGAAGAGUCUUGUUUUUUCACAGACACGUUGUAAUCGUUUUUUUAAAACACACAAAACCACAGGAGUUAUAAAAAUAAUUUACUUAAACCUGAAGAAUUUUUGCUUACAAAAAUAACUAAACUAUAAUGUAUUAAGUGCAAACAGAAAUAGUAAAAUACUGAAAAUGUAGUGAAUGUGUCAGUAUGGAGACAUAUAUCCGAUACUCUCAAAAUAUAUACGUUUGACAGUUUUCUGUCAAAAUCAGGAUCACUUUAAUUUUAUUGGACAGUGACUGGAAGCAAAAAAAAAAUCUUUUAUUAUGUGCUGGGGAAGCAUGUGCCAAAGAAAAUGGACUUAUUUCGUGGAGUAUAAAAGUAUUAUAAUUAUCAGUUGUAUAGGCAGUCAGCCGACUGGCUGAACCCAUGAGAGCUAUGGCACAAUGAGGCUGCUCUGGGCUCGACUUGACGUCCUGCGACAUAACUGUGACGAUCAAAUGUUGUUUUGAGUCCUGCCUGAAUCAAAAAGUGUCUUGAGGGCUAGAUUAUUAUGGCUGUCAAUGUUGUCAAAUUGAUAAGUUUUGGGGUAUAAGAUUAUUAAUCAUCUUGUUAUUAAUAAUCAUAUUAUUAUUAAUAAUCUUGUGCAAUGGCAAUGUUUACGUUAGAAAUUAAUAUUUAAAUAUUUUAAGUGUUUCUUUUGUCAGUAAUUCUAUUUUAUUACCAUAAAUAUAUUUCUUGUAGAUUAUAUGCAAAAUAAAGGUUCUUUAGUUUUAUUUUAUUAUCGUUAAAAUAACUACUAAUAUUAAGAUUUCCCUGGGUUUACUACGGUUUUUAUGUUUCUUUUACUGUGUGGAUAAAUUAAGAGGUCUUCCUGAGGAUCACUGAAUAGGAUCACUAAAUAUUUUCUGCUGUUAAAACAGAUGAGUUUGUCAUAUAUUACACUAUAUGUAGAUGCAUAUGUACUAUAUGUGUGUAUCUACAGUAUUUUUCAUUCUAUAGUCGCUUUGUCAUUGUUUGAGGUGAAGCCUGCCGGGAAAAUGCACGUGGUUAAAAGAGCAAUAGUUAAGAGUGAAUAAUGAAUAUAAAAAUGAGUAACUGUAACCUGAGGCAUACACACUAACAGCUCCCUAAUAAAAAUACUCCUCCCAGUGCAUUCACAUCACACCACUGCAUUCACAUCAUACCACUGCAUAAGUAAAGGGUUAACAAAUUUACGCCAUUAAUGGUUAAACUAUGUGGAAGUACAAGUCCAAUGGGACUUCUGGCUGUGAAAAUGGCUUAGAAACAUUUUCUCCCUGAAAUGUCGGAGCACGACAAACGCUGGACUUCUAAGAGCACUCAGUGUCUAUUGUACUAUGGAGUGUGACAGAAAGGAAACCAUCAUGAUUCUUUGUUGUAUCUACCCUUGUUUUCUGAGAACUGCCCCAGAUGCCGCCCCCUCUCCCCCCCCCCUCAAAAAAAAUGGCUUGCCCCAACCCCCACAUCCCAUUCGCUGUCAUCAGCCCUGGAAGCUCCCACUGUGUUCCUUUGACGGGUGUCGGCUUGUGUUUACUCAUUGUCUUUAAAGCAUUUUUUUUUUCACUUGCUAUCAUCCUCUCUGUACUUGAUCUCCCCCACCCCUCUC